AUGGUGUUCACAUAUGCCAUAGCAUUUGUAGUUGGGUUAAUGUUCGCAAUUCUCACAAUAGCUUUUGCGUGUGUGAGGCUUCGAAUGACUCGCACCCCCAACAUACUAAGUAUUUUGGCUGGUAUUCCACCAUCUCAUCAUCAAGCAGGAGAAUUAGGCAUAGUUGAAGAUAUGGAACAAGGUCUUCAUCUUAAUCAUAAUCAUAAUCAUGAUAUUGACACAAGUUUUGAUAGCUACCCCAAGUUGUUAUACUCAGAAGUAGAGAAGAAUAAAGAUGGUUAUUCGAGCUGCUCCAUCUGCUUAGGCGAUUACAAAGAAACUGACAUGUUGAGGUUACUUCCUGAUUGUGGCCAUCUCUACCAUCUUGAUUGUGUUGAUCCAUGGCUCAGGUUACAUUCCACAUGUCCCAUUUGUCGAAAAUCUUCGGUUCAAACUCCUCGCUCUAGUGCCUCCAUUGUUGGGGAAUCCGCUACUAUCCCUGUUGUGUAG